UCUAUGUCGGAAUCGAAUGGGUAGAAUUGGAACGUCUCUAUGGUAGAUUUAUUUAAUCAUGCACAUGACGAAAAUCAGCUGUUCUCCGUUCAAUCCAAUCGGGAGCUUUUACGUCCCCAUAGUAACGCCACUGUAGUGACAUUUAUUUGACUAUGAUUGACUAUAAUUUGAUAAUGACUUUCGAUUGGAUUCAUCUGUGCAGCUGAUUCACGACAAGUGCACGAAUAAAUGAAUCGUACUAUAGUUAUGAACAUACACAAACUCCAUUCUUGGGUGUUCUGUGACCAUGAAAGGCGCACGUGGUCAGUGGAUUAUGUUUGCGUCAAAUGUGUUUUUUGCAUUAAAUGUUGAAGAAAUGAAAGCAGUAUUCUAGGUUAGGAGAGGCUCGUGCAGUCACUUGAUCAAACUUUUAAGUAAUGACAUUAAAGGCAAUUUAAGGUUUUAGAAAAUAUUGUUAGAGUUCGAAUAUUAUAAUGUCUGUUGACUGUGGAAUAUUGUGCUCGAAAAUAAUAUUAGAACAUUUUGGUGGUGUCGUAAAGACAGUUGCACACGAUUUAUUUAAAGUCAGUUCAAAGACUUUAAGCAACAUAGUUGCUACCACAAAGUUGCAACGUUCUCAGGUUAUUGAAUGCCUGAGAAUUCUUGUGCGUUAUGGACUGGUGACAUACAAAGUGUCACAACAAAAUCCCAAAAUUCCUGAGUAUUCUCUUUCAUAUGAGAAAGUUUUAUUGUUUCCCCGUUAUGUGAGAUACAUGCUUCUUGUUAAAACAUUAUAUGGUGAUGAAGCUGAACUACUCAUAGAAGAACUUCUUCGUUCAGGUUCUGAAAAAGCUUCGUCCAUUAUUGUAAGAGCUACUAUCAGACUGAAAGAAAUAAAAAAGGAGGAGAAGAAUGUAUCUUUAAAUAUAGUGCGUGAUAAAUUAAUUCUGUUAAUGAAUAAACAGUUUGUAAUGAGAUGCCCAGAACCUUUACCAGGUUGCAAAGAAAUUCCUCAGCUUAUAAUUAAACAAGAAGAUUUGUUUAUGUCUCCCUCACUCAGCCUUAAAGAAUUAACACAAAUGGAGGAGGGUCAUCCAGAGGUGCCAGCAAAUGAUGUCACAUUGAGAGUAAAUUUUGACAGAUUUCAUCAAGAGUUUAGGGAUAACAUAAUGAUUUCAGCUAUUAAGCGCCGCAUUGAUGAUAAUGCUGGUGAGCUAAUGCGUGUUAUUCUUCAGCAAAUGUAUAUUAGAACAGAAGCUUGGGAACCUAUAUCCAAUCCUAUUCCAGUUGUAGAAAUACGAAAUGCAGUUCAUAAGGUUAAAACCAACCCUCGCCUAGCUCAGCAUUUAGAUCAAUACUUAAAAGUACUUGAUGAAGAUUCAAGUAAUUUUAUCACAAAAGUGGCUGACAGUGGAGGGGGGCAGUAUGUUGUUAAUAUAAGAGAAGCUUUUGUACAGCUUAGCUGGGCAGCAGUAGAAAAUAUCGUGGAAGAGAGAUUUGGAUCAAAAGCUGCCAGAGUAUUUAGGUUGAUAAAAUCCAAGCAUUUUAUUGAACAGGAACAAAUUCAGCAAUAUGCUUUAAUUCCUGCCAAGGAAGCCAAAUUAAUUACUUACCGUUUGCUGGAGGAAUGCUUCAUCCAAAUACAAGAACUUAGGAAAUCCAUGAGUUCUGCUGGACCAAACAAAACAUUUUUUUUAUUUCACAUUGACAUUGACCAGGUUGUUAAAAAAUGCCUUGAAAUAUGUUAUAAAGCUUUAACCAAUUCAAUGGUUCGCCGACAACAUGAAAGAGACGAGCAUAAAAGGCUAAUAGAGAAACAGCAGAGAAUUGAGUCACUUACUGCCAAUCUGAGAGAGCAAGGAGCACCAGCUGAUCAGAUUGACGAGUUGGAGGAACUGCUAACUCCAUUAGAGAAUGAAGCACUUGAAAGAGUCAGGAUUAUGAUUGCUCGUUUAGGAGAAGCGGAAUUACGAGUGGAUGACAAUAUGUUCCUUUUGCAAUUGUAUUUAAUGUAUAGUAACUGUAAAUAAAAUAUACUUGUGUAAUUGAAAGAGAAAAUUUCCUAUAAUAGAUAUUCUACUGUUUUUCUGAAUAAGGUGUUUGAAAACCAAUGUUCCAUCAUGAUUUGGAACAAAUUUGACACAUGUUCUUAUUGAAAAAAAACGUUUCAGUUUGGAGUUGUAAUUUUUGCAACAGAAAUAAUAAAAGCUGGAAAAUUAUAUGAGAUUGUCUGUUGAAAGUCAAUGGUUGAGAGGUGGAUAAAUAU